GUUAAUUUAUAUUUAUCUGAAGUAUAAAUAUUUAUAUAGCAAUUGAUCAUUUUUGGAAAUUAAAUUUAAGCAAACAAUUCUUAAUAUUAAUUCAAUCUGUUAUGAUGUUAAUAAGGUAGCAGCUCUUAAAAAUACUACAUAAUGACAUUUCCAAGCAAUGUCUUAUUUCGUGAAAUUCAUAAAAAUGCCUGGCUGCGGAAACUGUUGCCUACAGAAAAGAAAGGAGGUGCACACUCAAAGAAGGGGGAUCGAGUGUGGACAGUGUUUUGUGUGCACGAUGACACAGAACCUUACUUGGAGUUGUAUCAGGACACUAAGAUUGCUGCCACUCACAAACCAGAUUGGAGUGUAUCACUUGCACACACAGUUCACAUCUCACCUACCAUCUGUGCCUUGGAGGACGAGUUUGAAUUUGUCAUAACACUUCAAGAGGAGGUUGUUCGCCUAACUGCAUCAUCAUGGGAUGUGAUGAUGGAUUGGGUGGACAGUCUGAGUGCCAAGUUACGAGAAAUGAGGAUCUUAUCACCAAAAGAGAAUGUUUAUAGUCGGCUGCCAGAGCUUAGACUCCCAUUGUUGCCAACACGAGACCCCAAUUCUCCACUCCCUCUUCCCCCAGCUGGUCCCUCCACGCUUGUUCCUGGUAUUGAACCUGCAGUCUCUGCCCAAACAGCUGAUCAGCCAAUUGCCAAUGGAGUUGCAGGCCAUAGCAGCAGAGAGGAAGAACACUCCCAAACCAAUACUAACACAUCGGUGAGCUCAGUCUAUGUAACGCAGUCACCCGCUCCGGCUAGAUCAUCUCGGCCAAUACUGAACAGAACAAUGUCUGCACCACCUGAAGAGAAUGUAACUGUGAUACAAGUAGAUCCGCCCAGUAGCAGCACUAAUGAAGCUUCCACUGCACCUAUACAAAGUGAUACCUUUGACUUCAGCUUUGUCAGUGAGGCAAUCAACCAAGAAGAAGAGGAGGAGUUCUUUACUCCGCCAAUCACUCCAAGAGUCACUCGCAGGCAACGACCAGCACCUUCCCCUGCGCUGCACAGACCUGUCAGAACCAACGAUCUUCCACUUUUAACCAACCCCCGUCAAUGGCUGGAUGGUCAAAACAUACAUCGCAGUUCUAGCAUGCGUCAUACCGAAAGUGGUGUGCAUCCUAGUCCCAACCAAACUGUCGACUCGAACGCCGCCACAAACCCUACACCAGAUCAUGCUUCUGAGCCUGAACUCGCACUCUAUGAACAUGUGUUCCUACCCUCUAGUCAACUUUCCCCCACCAUCUCAUCUCCUGCACCUGCUCCAGCUCCAACUCCAGCAACAACGGUUGUAUCAAACGUACAUCCAGUCAAUGCUGCCAUCCAACCUCAGAGUGCGCCUACUGGUCGAGGCCGAGGAUCCCAUAGACCAAGAAGAAGGAGCACAGAAAACCCUCCCCCUGUAGCAGCAGACCGAAUUCGGACCCUACAACCAGCCCCUAGCCCUUUCCGCCAGGGUGCAGCUACCAGUGAGCCAGCUAGUAACUCCCGCCUCACACUGAGAGAACAGCAGGUGAUGCAGUUGAGGAGAGAGAUCAUGCAUCCAGGCGGAGUGAGACUGCAGCUACGGAGGAAGGACUGUCUUGGCUCCAUCGCACUUGUUGAUGUGUUCAAUGGUGUCUGGGUGGCUGGGUGGAAACAAAAAGAGCACCCCAUGCUGUACAAUGCUCUGCAUAUAGGAGACCAACUGUUGUCUGUCGCUGGUAUCCUGGUACAAAACGCUACAGAUGCUCAGCGUCUUAUCAAGGGUGCCCCAAGUCUCUAUAUUGAAUUUGUGAUAAGAAGGGUUCCAUGUGGCCGAGUGUUUGCUUUGCGGAGGGAGUCAGAGGGUCAGAACCUAGGGAUCGUCUUGGAAGGUAACACUGCGGAAGUGAAGGACGUGACGGUUGGUAGCAUUGCGGCCAACAGCGGACUGUCAUCUCGGACUCCCACUCUGGACGGUCUUUCCCUCUCUACCUGGGUCAUCACAGAGGUCAAUGGACGACCUCUCAAUCUGUUCUUUAAGGACGGAGAAAUCAAAGACAGGUUGAACGCGGUAGGUUUAGACAUUUCAUUGCUCGUACAACCUUACGAUUUGAUAAAACACGUAAAAAAGCAGCUCAAAGCUAUGCGCAGCUAUAAAGACUAUAUCGUACAAUGAGUUACCAUACUAUGUGCAAUCUCAUAUUAUUUAUACAAUUCUCUCAUAGUAACAAAUUUAUCUUGAAUUAAGCUAUAGUUAGUUAUGAUUUAGUAUCAAAAAGUGAACAAUUUUUUUUUAAUUUUUUAUGUAGGUUGAACUGUUUAUACACAGUAUAAUGUCAAAAAAUGAUGUAAGACUUUGUUUCAACCCUAGAACUGCCGAUCAAUAGUUUUUUGGCCAAUCAUGGCGGUUCUGUUCUACCAUCGGUCACAAAAUGACCGAUCCAUUAUUUAACUUAUAUUCAAGCUCAUAAUCAACAUAUUUACAUAAAACAUUAAGUAGUGAUGUGUCAAAACCGAAUCUCAAAUCUCAAAACCAUCAAAACUUAGGAAAAGUUUCGGUUUCGAGAUUCGAUCACCAAGUUUCGAGAUUCAAAAGUUUCGAAAUUGAGGAUUUUUGCAGUUUUAUUUUUGAAACUGCUGACAUUUUUUUGUGCCAUUGUUAUUGUUUUUAACACUGCUUACAAACAAGCUGGUAGCAACAGAGCAAACCAUUAACGUAAUGAAACAAGUAAAUUUUAUCCUGAACUUCAAAAGGUAUCUUAAAUACUAUAACUGGUACAAUUCAGUUUCACAUCAAUAUUUACUAAACACAAAGAAAUAUUAACCACUAAAUGUUCUAAUUAAUAUAAUAUUUGUAUGUUUAUGUUGGUGUUAAAGUUUAAUUUAUUUUUUGUUAGUUGUUUAUGAAAAUUUAUAUUGUAUUGGGUUUUAAGAUUAUCAGUCACAUUCACAUAAUCUAUGUUAUGUCACAGUCCGGAGUCGAUCUCUUUCAGUUUUGAUUACAUACUUAACAUUUUAUGAUUAUGUGUAUUUUUGUAACCUUGACCUUUGUAACCAGCUAAGUAAAAAAGUUUCGCGUUUAGGUUUUGAGAUUCGAGAUUCGGGAUUCGAUUUUUAAAGUUUCGGUUUCGGUUUUGAGAUUCAAAAUUUCUGGUUUUGACCAUCACUAACAUUAAGCAUGAAUGAAAAAUUAUGAUGUUGGCUAUCCACACUCACCCGUGAUAUUUUUUUUUUAGAUUGGCAUUUUGAAUCUUGUUUUCUUUGUCGGAUUGCUCGAUAUUUCCCUGUCAGCCGAUUUUAUGAACAAACAAAAAGAUUCAAUUUUCAUGGAUAAUUUACAACAAACUAAACUUAUUUCCAAAAUGUAGAUAUAAUUUCAUACAAAAUGUAUAUAGGCUAAUGACAUUUUAUUUCAUUUGUGGUGUAUUUUUAUGACUCAUCCAUAUUUCUAUAGUAUGAAAUAUGUUUUUACAAAAUUUAAAUGGAGGCAAUUAGUUUUGGUUAGGUUUUAUUACCAUGCAUAGGCUACAAAUAAUAUAAUAAUACUGUCUGUAAAAAUACAAACACACAUUAUAACUGCUUUGUAAAAUUUUGUUUAAAAUUUUUUUAAUGAACCCUAAAAAUUGUGGCUAAAUACAGUGGCAUAUUGUAUUAUCUAACCGGCUGUUCAGGGUUAAAUACCUUACUCUAUAAACAAUUGUUUACAAAAAAAUGUUUAAAAAAUGUUAUUGGCCUAAAAAAAUGCAAAUCGAAAUCACAAAACAAAUUUUGUAACAUCAGUGUUCACAUACAUUUAGAAAAAUAAUUAUCAGGUGGUUCUUUUAUUUUUUAUGAAACUCAUAUUAAAGAUCAACAUUUAGAUAAAAAAAGUUUGAAUUAGUCAUUAAGGAAAGAUUUUACACAUAAACAAUUAGGCAUAGUUUGAUACUCUUAAUAAGAAGUUAAUUUUAAUUUUCUAGUUCUUUUAACCUGUUAAGUUUGUUUCUUUUGUUUGGCUGUUUGCCUAAUGUUAUCUAGUGCAAUACUACCGAUCUUAAGCUGCUAUAUUUUAUAGUGAUGGUAGCUGAUUUUGUAACAAUUAUCAAAUUUAAUUUAAGAUUUUAAAUUCAUGUUGUUGGCCUAAAACUACAGUAAAGUAACAAUGUUUAACAUUAACUGUGGUUAGUUCAGCAGAGUAAAUCUCAAUACAACACACAAAAAAACAUGUUUAAGUCAUAAGAAAGUUAACCCAAACAUUUAAUUUCCAAGUUAUUAUAAGUUUUUCUAAGGUGUAUAGUUUUUUUUAUGGCAAAAUAUGUUGAAGAACUAGGAUUAAAUCAGUCAAAUGCUUAACCAAUUUUGUGUGCUCAUUUUGUUUACUUUUUCUUUAAAAUUCUACCCAAGUAUUUUCCCAAUAUUCCAGAAUUGCUUGAGUAUUUAUAGAAAUUGUUUUAAAAUUUUCGUGUUGUGCAGUGCUAACGGUUUUUACCAGAAAUUGGUCAGGAAUCUCAGGUCAGGUAAUUUACAUUGGAGUUGUGUGAGCAGCUUAAACAUCCGAGUUACCUUAUUGCGUACACAGAAAAUGUCUGUAAAGAUUGCGUGAUCAACAAUUCACAAUUUUGCAGUUUUGAGAGGAGAUGAUGACCCUCCACUACCACAAUUUCACAUCAAGUGUAUUGUACACUCAAACAAAACCAAAACUAAAACUAUUUACUUCUGGGGUAAUGUUAGUUUUCCUGCCAAUGAGACUUACCAUUCAUUAUAUUAAUACAGGGUGAUUGAUAUAAGUGUGCCAGCUGUUUUAUUCGAAAGUUAUAAGAAAUAUCAAAAAAUGUUGAAUUGUACGAGUAAGUUUAGAGAGAAAAUGCUAAGAGUAAAUAAGUCUUAAAAUUGCAUCUACAUUCUAAAAAUCAUUAACAACCAUUAAAAACAUAAAAAAUAUUGAUUCCAUUAUUUUAAAAAUGGCCGCCAUUUUCCAAAAUGGCAGUAAAUUUUUAAAUAAGAAAACUUUUAUAAUUGUAAUUGGAAUUUUUAGAAUGUAGAUGCAAUUUUAAGACUUAUUUACUCUAAUCAUUUUCUCUCUAAACUUACUCAUUUAGUAGCUACAUGGCGCAGAAUGUACACUGCAAGUCAUUUUUUUUUAGUUUUUAUCACGCCGUAACUCCUAAAUGAGUAGCUUUAGGGAAAAAAAUGCCAAGAAUAAAAACGUUUUUAAAUGGCAUCUACUUUCUAAAAAAUGCAUAAAAUAUAGUGUCUUCUAUAAGAAAAAUCAAAGUUGGCGGCCAUAUUGGAAAAUGGUGGCUAAAAUUAAUUUUUCAUCUUGACAAAAAUUUUUUUAAAAUAAAAAAUCCAAGGCAGUUACAAUUUAACAUUUUUUUAUAUCUCUUAAAACUUUUGAAUAAAACAGCUGGCACACUUAUAUCAAUCACACUGUAUUUGAUUGCUGGCAAAAUGUUACUUUCACCAUUAUUAUAUUUUUUUUGCUACUGUGUACAACAUUUUUAUAUUGAACUUUUGGUUUAUUUUAAUCCUAGUUUCUAUUAAAAUUUACUAGCUACUACUCUGAUAGUCACAGUUUGUUAAAUAACUGUUCAA